AUGUUUCUCUCUUUGCUUUUUUCGGUCUGCCUAAUUAAUGUUGGAGCCAUUGACCCGACUUACCCCUACCAUUUCUGUACAAACACGACCAUUAAUUCCACCGCAAACAUCAUCUACCGAUCCAAUCUCAACAGCCUUCUCUCUUCCCUCGCUUCCAAUGCGACCCGCGAAUUCUUCAAUGCCUUCGCUGGCAACGUCGUCUACGGCCUCUUCCUCUGCCGCGGUGAUCUCAACACUACCUUCUGCCGAGACUGCGUUAAGUUCGCUGUCAAAGACGUCGUCAAACGGUGUCCUACGGAGGAGUUGGCGAUGUCAUGGUACGAUGCAUGCCAGCUGCGCUACUCCAACACCUCUUUCUUCGGCCAAGUGGCUACAAGGCCCGGCAUAUAUCUUUUGAACACGGCGAACGUCACUGAUAAAGACCGGUUUACCCGGGUGCUGAACAACACCAUGAAAGAGGCGGCUGCGGAGGCUGCGAGAGGCGGGUCCGGGGAAAAGAAGUUCGCAACGAAAGAUGCAGAUGUCAACGGGUUCCAGACUCUGUACAACCUGGUGCAGUACACGCCGGACCUGUCUGGUGAGGCCUGUGGUACAUGUCUAACGGAAGCCAUAGGAAGACUUCCCAAGUGCUGCGAUGGGAAGUUAGGGGGAAGAGUUCUGUUUCCCAGUUGUAACAUUAGGUACGAAGUCAACCCUUUUUACAGCCAAAAUACAUCGUCGCUGCCCCCAGCGGCGUCCCCUCCAGCUUCGCCGCCACCACCAAGUUCCAUUACACGUUCCGCCAAAGAGUUAAGGCUGGGGCGGGUCAGGCCAACAGUGACGGGCUCAGGCCGUGGCCCGCAAAGAGGUCUUAAGGGCUGUAUAGGCCCCAAUGCUCCUUUGUUUAAGGCGGAAAUCGGAACCAUUGUUCGUGAUAAUGUUCCUCUCACAUUAACGAAGUUUGCCAAGAUUUCUAAAGUAUGGUCUCUGAUUAAAGAGCAAAAUGGUGAUAAACAAUAG